AAAAAAAACGAAAAAGUGCUUUUUGAGUGAAUUAAUUCUAAAGAUAGGUAAUUCUGGAAGUAUUUAUAAUAAAAGAUAUCUUCAAUUUAUAAAUAGCAUUUAAGCGUUCUAGUGCUUCAUAUUCUUUAAGAAUGUCGCAUACUAUCUUACUAGUCCAACCUGGUCCUAGACCGGAAACCAGGACAUACUCAGAUUAUGAAAGCGUCAAUGAUUGUAUGGAAGGAGUUUGUAAAAUAUACGAGGAGCAUUUGAAGAGAAGAAACCCUAAUACGCCGACAAUCACUUACGACAUUUCUCAGUUGUUUGAUUUUGUUGACCAGUUGGCAGACUUAAGCUGUCUUGUAUACCAGAAAUCCACAAACACUUAUGCACCAUACAACAAGGAUUGGAUUAAAGAGAAAAUAUAUGUUUUACUACGCCAAGCAGCUGGUCAGAGCGAUUGAAUUAGACCUUAGUUUUAAGGUUUUAAGAAUUUCAUAAAAUAUAAUUGUUGCUUUAUUAUGGUGUGAACACCUUGGCUGAAAAGAAAUGACGGAUUUAUGUCACCCCAUUUAACAGGAUUGAUUAAACUUAUCCUAAACCUAUUACUGAUUACAUGAUUAACACAUAUUCUUGUUUAAGUUUUUUUUUCUUUAAUAUUAAAAAAAGAACUGAACAUUGUUGUAGCAUCUGAUACACCUUAUGAUCUGGAAAACUGGGACUGAUCUGUUUAAGUAUUAAAUGAAUAAAUAAGACAGAUAAGUAUUUGUUAACACUAUAACCAAUGUUUGUCUCUUGCAUAAAAAUUAAAGAUUAAAAUUAAAUACAACAUUACAAUCAUUUUUUUUUAAAUUACAAGGCUCAGUAUCAGUCCCCUUAUUUUUUAUGAUGAAAGGAAUUUCUUCUCAUAAAAUGGAUUUAUAUUUACAUUAUAAAUGCAAACAUGAAAAAAAUAUAGAUAUUCUAGAAAUCGAUUUCUUGGGAAUCGACAUAUUAGCAUACAGUUUGAAUCUAUUUAAAAAAUCGAUCUUUUUCGGAAAGAAUCAACAUCCCUACUGACAAUAAUAAUAAAAAAUAGCGUCAGUUUCAUGGUAUGAAUUGACAUAAAUAUUGCAAAAAUAUUUUUGAUUUUCAAUAUUUUUUUCUCAAAAAGUAUGUGUUUCUGCAUAUUGAAACUUUGUGUGUAUGCUUAUAAAAAUGUAAUCUUUCUGUAAAAAUACGUAUCAACACCAAUGUUGACGGACGUCAAUGGAAAGUCGUACCAAUUACAAUACUAAUUCUUACCUAUAAUGUUUAGUUUUGCUAGUUUUAAAACAAAAUCACUGUCAUUCCUUAAACGGUCCUCUUACUUAUACUGUAAAUUCAGCACUUCACAUCAUUGGGGAUUAAAAAAGUUAUAAACUGCUUUCUUAAUCAGGUGCUACUACUUUUUCAUUUUUAAUCAUUUUGCAUUCACUGAAAAAAUGUAAACAAAAUUUAAUUCCUUAGCAAGCAAAUGCCAAGUGCUAAACCAUAGUUUUUACAGAAUAUCUAAUAUAUCAAAAGUGACAUACCAAGUGUAUUUAAUUAUUAAAGAAAACUAUAUCUUUGUCUAUUUUAUCGAAUCCUAAAUCACCAUUUAUUCAAGUUUUGCAUAUGAUUUGGAGAGCUAGAAAAUUGCAAGUGCUUUAGACUACAUUAAUCUGUUGAGUACUAUAUUAAAAUAUUAAUAAAUACAACUUAAAUUUCUUUUAUCAAUUUAUGUUGGGGAAGCUAUCAGCUUGGCAAAUUGUUGUUUGUAUUUUAAAUCUUCCCAUUUGCUAAAAUGCAACAAUAAAUAAUAAAAUAAAUUUCUGUGAGUAGCAACUCACAGAAAUUUAUUUGAGACCUUAUUUUGUAAACUUCAGAGCAUAUUGUUGGUCCAUAUUGAGGUGAGGCAUAACACAUGCUCUGUAAGAUUUUGUGUGUUGUAUUUUAUUGCAGCUACCAAAACUAGUAAGGAAAUUUCAAGUAAAGAAAAGAAGUUGUAUGCCUUAUUUUAUAAAAAUGUGAUUUCACGUAAUUACCAUAAAAGAUUUCAUCUUUGUUUAGUUGUUAUAAAUUUAAUAGCAAGUAAUUCUAGCAAUAAAGAUACAUUAGUAGGGAAUACUAAAUACUUUUGAAUAUUUUUUUUUAAUAUGCUAGUAACACUGUAAGAGAUAUUAUAUAGUACCUUGGCACUUUUUAAAUCAUAUAAUAGUCAAGUAGCUAUAAUUUUCGCGACAAAAUUAAAGCGUGAAUUAACUCUUUUUAAGUGUAUCUAGAAAUAGCAUAAGUUCAAAUAUAACAUUAUAUUUUUCUAAGUUUUUCAUGUUCUGAAACAAAAUAAUAAAUUUUUGUAAAAGUGUUCAAACAAAGUUCAAAAAUACCUUUUUGGUAAAAGUUCAUCUAUAUUGCAAUUACGAAAUUGCAUCUAUAAAGCAAUAAAAAUUUUAAGUAAAUUUUUACUUUAAAUUUUUUUUGUUUUACUACGUCAUGUUUGUCUUUGAUUAUUGAUAGCACAGAUUAAUGUGUGAUAAUUUUGUUACUACAUUUUGUUACUUUUAAUAUUAUCAUAAGUAUAAUUAAUAUAAGACAUUUUGUGACAAUCG